AAAGCAACUCCAAUGUCAUUUCUUGCCUGCUUCUUUAUGCUAAUCAGCCUAGCCCACUCGGCUCCUCCCCCUUCCAGCCUCCCUUAAGAACUGUUCACUUUCAGCUGUCACAGAGGGUAACUCAGACCAGGCUUAGAAAUCACUUGAUUUAACUCAGGAGCACUUUCUUCCUUUGUGUAUGUGUUACUCUAGCAAUCAUCUCUAUAAAUACUCAGGGCAUGAGAUUUCAUGCCAGCAGAAGGAGUCAACAACUGCAAAACUGUCAUCUGUUAGACAUAGUUAUUUUGCAGGAUUUUCUACUAUUAUAAGUGGGGACAGUUUCAAUGUGUUUUGAAAUGAAAGAAGAAUUAAGUUGUGUUUUUCUCCAAAUGAAUUGUCAUCUUCAUAUGUAGGAGAAGUUACAAGUUGGUAAAUAACUUGAAUUUCAAGAGUCAUGACUAGUAAACACUUGGAAGUUUAUUAGAGAAGUGAAUGUUUUUACAUGCAAGGACGAGAUCUGCUUGUACCUAGAUGCUUCUGGGUGUCGUAUGAAGACCAUUUUAGGUGAUUGGCCGAGGGAAGGAAAUACUCUAGUGAUACUGAAGCCACAGUUGUACUGCCAGUACCAUGUCUGCUAUACAAAGAAAAGGCAGCAGCCACCUGGUCAACAGUUUGCACACCUGUAGACUGAAGCUUCCGGAGGAUCAGCAACAUCAAGAAAAAUCUGUCAUUGCGCAACCAAUAUUUGUUUUUGAAAAGAGAGAACAAACUUUUAAGAGACCUACAGAAGACACCCUGUAUGAAGCAGCAGAGCCUGAAUGUAAUGGGUUUUCAAGAAAGCGCAUCCGGUCUUCAUCUUUUACUUUGCAUACUGCAGAUUCUCAGACCCGAGGAGUGUCAGCCUUGUCCCAGAAGCGACUAAGAUCAUCACCCUUCACGGACCUCCCGACCUUCCCGCCUUCUGGGCCAGUGAAGAAAAAUAAUGUUUUUAUGACAUCAACUUUUGUGCAAAGGAAUAUUGAUACAAACAGUGCAGAACAAGGUCCCAUGAAACAUUCUGAACAUGUUCUAAGACCUGCUAUUUUACAGCCACCUCAAGCUCAAAGGUGUUUAAAAAUUUCUGAGGGAAACUCUUAUUUGCUAAGUGAGAAUUUACCAAGUGCCAGAAUUUCAGUCCAGCUAUCUACUAACCAGAAUGUUUUAGGUGCUACAUCAGUGGGAUUUCAGCCAAAUGAAGAUAAGUAUUCUUUUAAAAGCUGCAGUUCUGAUUUCGUUUUUGGAGAAAACAUGGUAGAAAGAGUUUUGGGUUCUCAAAAACUCACCCAGCCUCAACUUGAAAAUGAUUCAUACAUCAAGGAAAAACUAUUCAAAUUCACUCUAAAGUUUCCAAUCAACUCUCCAAACUCAAGAACAGACGCUAAUGAAAAUAUAACCCUAAUUGAAUCAGCUGCUGCUUUCUCUUCUAAACCAUCAGCAAAAUCUUUGCUGGAGAAAAUUGAUGUUAUAACAGGGGAGGAAGCAGAACACAACGUGUUAAAGAUCAACUGCAAGCUUUUUAUAUUCAACAAAACAGCACAGUCCUGGAUUGAAAGGGGCAGAGGAGCUUUGAGACUGAAUGACGCAACAAGCAGUGAUGGUGGAACAUUCCAGUCAAGACUAAUUAUGCGCAACCAAGGCAGCCUCAGGCUGAUUCUCAAUAGCAAACUCUGGGCUCAAAUGGAGAUUCAAAGAGCAAACCACAAAAAUUUACGAAUAACAGCUACUGAUUUAGAAGAUUAUAACAUCAAAGUGUUUUUAAUUCAGGCCAGUGUCAAAGAUACAGGAUGUCUGUAUACAGCAAUACAUCAUCGUCUUGUUGCACUUCGAAGCUUCGACAAGCAGCAAGAUGUAAAUCAAGCUGAAAGCCAGCCAGAAACAGUCCUCCAGCAAUUUAACUGUGAUAGCUGUGAUGAGGAUGAGGAUGAUUUCAUCCAAGUCACUAAAACUAGAUCAGAUUCUUCCAGGUGGACCCACAGACAGUCAGUUGCCUGUUCAUGAGCGCUACCUACUAUAAAUAUGACAACAUCUACAAAAAGAAAGAACUGAAAAAACUAAGCCAUCCUAACUAAAUGAGAAGAUCCUAUUCAUUCCUUGAGUAGUUUUUAUAGAAAAGGUCAAGAAAUAUAAUUUGUUGCAAUUAAAGGGUUUCUCUUAUGUAGUCUUAUCAUUCUAAGGUUUUAUAUUUUGAUUAUUGUGGAGAAAAUGACAGAAUUUAAGAAAUACAUGUCCUUUAGAAGUUUAAAAUUUAUCAUUUUUGAAGAAGUUAAUUUAGAAUAGGAUUUGGAAUUAAUUUGGACUGUUCAUCACAUUGAUGAAUACUAUAGUUGAAAUUACAAAUUGCUGGAUUUGAUAAAUAACUAAAAUAUUUAUUUUUUUCAGUCAUACAUUGUCUAGCCAUAAAACAAUUCUUUUACAAAAUUUCCAGAGUCAUUUCUUUGAAAAACAUUAUAACUGCAUGAUAACAUUUCAUUAAAUCAUCUUUUUCUUCUGGGAAAUGCAUAUUUUCAUUUAGCCUUUGGAGUUCCUAAUUCUGUAAGAUUAUAUAUUCAUGGUAUGAAUUCCUUUAAAGGUGCACUUGUAUCUAUUGCACCUUAUAUGUGCUUGACUCACAGUCAGCAUCCAAAAGUUGCUGAAGGAAUGAACAAAACCUAUGUAUCAAAACAGUAAGUAUGCAAAAAAUGAAAUAUGUUAACUUGUUGUUUGCUUUAUUUAUGUAAUUAAAUUGUCAUUAAUAUUCUA